UUUUCCUUUUGAUUCCCUUAAUAAUUUAGUACUCUUUUAGCAUCUACAAAAUGAAUUUUGAGGGGAAUUUUUUUGAAUAAUGGAAAGUUGUUGAGAGAAAUGUCAAAAGUGCCCCUGGUUUACAUUGAUGGGAUAUUUUCCCCUGGGAGAGAAACAGUCUUUUUGCACAGUAAAAAGUCAUUCUUUCUAUUCUCAUAACAUCCGCAGAACAAGGAGAGCAGCCCAGCAAAGCGACAACUCCUAACUCCAAAUUCAUUUUUAUUAUUAAACUCUUUUUUUUUUUAUUUUUUCCCCUCAGCCAAACACGGUUCAUCUCCGACAUAUAUUUGUCCAAAUCCGAAACAUUGCAUUCUAGGAUUACGAACCAGCCCUCUUCUCAAUCUGAUGAAUCCAAUUCGGAACUCUUUAGUUUCCACUGAACCCAUCUUCCUUUAUUCUCUUCUGUGGCUAAUUUUCAUGGCUUUUUGAGUUUCUGAUUCAGGGGUUUCUUAAAAAUGGCGGCUUUGGAGACAGCCGGAGUUGAUUUGGAGGAAGGAGGUCGUGGUGGUCACGGCGGACGGCGGGCGGAGGCGGGUGAAGUGAAGGUGCAUUCAGAGAGGGAUUGUAGGAUUUGCCAUUUGGGGUUGGAGAGCAACAGUAGUGAGUGUGGAACUGCAAUUGAAUUGGGCUGUUCUUGUAAGAAUGAUUUGGCUGCUGCCCACAAGCAUUGUGCUGAAGCUUGGUUCAAAAUCAGAGGAAACAAGACGUGUGAGAUAUGUCAUUCUAUUGUACAAAAUGUAGGAGGAGUACAUGAACUCGAACAAAUGGAGCAACUCCACGAGUUAAACAAUGGGACGCUAUCGACAACCACGGUUGCAGCAUCGGUGGCUGCUCCCGAUGGUGGUCGGAGGUUUUGGCAGGUUCAUCGAGUACUGAAUUUUCUUCUUGCUUGUAUUGUAUUUGCUUUUGUCAUAUCUUGGUUGUUCCAUUUCAAUAUGCGGUCAUAAAACGGUUGUGUACAGAGGACGGAGGUGAAGUAUGUAAAAAGAAAAACGGAGCAACUCGACCUAAAUAACGGUUUCUUGCUCUACCAACUGAGCGAUACCGGUCAUUUCAUUUCCUA